CAACGGGAGAACGCAGACAACAUUGGCCAACGUUCAGAUAUAAAUAUAGAAUGUGAACAAACAUGCCUAUCUGAUUCUAAGGAUUCAUGUCAGAAUAAUUAAUGCCAUCUCUACCAACGUUCCAAAAUGUUUUUUGUACUGAACCUGCCCAGGCGAACCCACUGAACUAUAUGAGCGCGGCUCUUGCCCAUAGCUUGUCUGUCUGGAAAACCUCCGCAAAUGAAAACGUUUGGGGAAUUGGGGUCGGCCCGGGCAGAACUCGCCCAUAACUAAGCCCGCCCCGUUCGGUGGCGAAGGGCUACUACACCGAGUUUAUCAAAUAAACGUGAUACAAUGCAGCGUAGGCUGUCAUAAGCGUUCUCUUUCCUGCCUUGCCUUGGACGAGGAAGGCGGUGUAUUCGCAGUGUUCAUUUGACCAACAAGUUCAUCUACGAACAUCAGGCAAAAUGGUGAACUUUACAGUGGACCAGAUCCGUGCGAUCAUGGACAAGAAGUCCAACAUCCGUAACAUGUCUGUGAUCGCUCAUGUGGACCACGGCAAGUCCACGCUGACGGACUCCCUGGUGUCUAAAGCCGGGAUCAUUGCAGGGUCUCGCGCCGGAGAGACUCGCUUCACAGACACACGCAAAGACGAGCAGGAGCGGUGUAUUACCAUCAAGUCCACGGCCAUCUCUAUGUACUAUGAGCUGGGGGAAAAUGACAUGGCCUUCAUCAAGCAGACGAAGGAUGGGCUUGGUUUCCUCAUCAACCUGAUCGACUCCCCGGGCCACGUGGACUUCUCCUCUGAGGUCACAGCCGCCCUCAGGGUCACAGACGGUGCACUGGUGGUGGUCGACUGUGUCUCAGGUGUGUGUGUGCAGACAGAGACUGUGUUGAGGCAGGCCAUUGCUGAGCGCAUCAAGCCGGUGCUGAUGAUGAACAAGAUGGACCGGGCCCUGCUGGAGCUGCAGCUGGAGCCUGAGGACCUGUUCCAGACAUUCCAGCGCAUCGUGGAGAACGUCAACGUCAUCAUCGCCACCUAUGGAGAGGAUGAAGCAGGACCAAUGGGUGCCAUUAUGAUUGACCCUGUGAUCGGUACUGUAGGGUUUGGGUCUGGCCUCCACGGCUGGGCCUUCACCCUCAAGCAGUUUGCUGAGAUGUACGUGGCCAAGUUUUCUGCUGGCAAAGACACCCAGUUGGGACCAGCAGAGAGAUGUAAGAAGGUGGAGGACAUGAUGAAGAAGCUAUGGGGAGAGAGGUUUUUUGACCCAGCCACUGGGAAGUUCAGUAAGACUGCCACUGGCCCCGACGGUAAAAAGCUUCCCCGCACCUUCUCUCAACUCGUGCUGGAUCCAAUCUUCAAGGUAUUCGAUGCCGUCAUGAACUUCAAGAAGGACGAGACGGCCAAGCUGAUAGAGAAGCUGGACAUCAAGCUGGACACGGAGGACAAGGAGAAGGAGGGCAAGCCCCUACUGAAGGCAGUGAUGCGUCGCUGGCUCCCAGCCGGAGAGGCUCUGCUCCAGAUGAUCACCAUCCACCUGCCCUCCCCCGUCACCGCCCAGAAGUACCGCUGUGAGCUGCUUUAUGAGGGUCCAGGAGACGACGAGGCCGCCAUGGGUAUCAAGAACUGCGACCCCAAGGCACCUCUGAUGAUGUACAUCUCUAAGAUGGUGCCCACAACAGAUAAAGGUCGCUUCUACGCCUUCGGCCGUGUCUUCUCUGGCUGUGUGUCCACCGGUCUGAAGGUGCGCAUCAUGGGACCAAACUUCACCCCCGGGAAGAAGGAAGACCUCUACAUCAAACCCAUCCAGAGGACCAUUCUGAUGAUGGGGCGCUACGUAGAGCCCAUUGAGGAUGUACCAUGUGGAAACAUUGUUGGUCUGGUUGGAGUAGACCAGUAUCUGAUUAAGACUGGGACCAUCACCACCUUUGAACAGGCACACAACAUGCGUGUGAUGAAGUUCAGCGUUAGCCCCGUGGUGAGAGUGGCUGUGGAGGCCAAGAACCCAGCUGACCUGCCCAAGCUGGUGGAGGGCCUGAAGCGUCUGGCCAAGUCAGACCCCAUGGUGCAGUGUAUCAUCGAGGAGUCUGGCGAGCACAUCAUCGCCGGGGCCGGAGAGCUCCAUCUGGAGAUCUGUCUCAAGGAUCUGGAGGAGGACCACGCCGGCAUUCCACUGAAGAAAUCCGACCCGGUGGUGUCCUACAGGGAGACUGUGUCUGAGGAGUCUGAAGUGAUGUGCCUGUCCAAGUCCCCCAACAAGCACAACCGUCUGUACAUGCGUGCCAAACCAUUCCCCGACGGCCUGGCCGAGGACAUCGAGAAGGGUGACGUCAGCCCCCGGCAGGAGCUCAAGAUCCGUGCCCGCUUCCUGGCUGACAAGUACGAGUGGGACGUGUCGGAGGCCCGUAAGAUCUGGUGCUUUGGUCCCGACGGCACCGGGCCCAACCUGCUGAUGGACGUGACCAAGGGAGUCCAGUACCUGAACGAGAUCAAGGACAGCGUGGUGGCCGGCUUCCAGUGGGCCGUCAAGGAGGGUGUGCUGUGCGAGGAGAACAUGCGUGCGAUCCGCUUUGACAUCCACGACGUGACCCUGCACACAGAUGCCAUUCACCGCGGUGGCGGACAGAUCAUCCCUACCGCCCGCAGAGUGCUGUACGCUUGCCAGCUCACUGCACAGCCAAGACUCAUGGAGCCUGUCUACCUGGUCGAGAUCCAGUGCCCAGAGCAGGUAGUGGGCGGGAUCUACGGCGUGCUGAACAGGAAGCGAGGUCAUGUGUUCGAGGAGUCCCAGGUGAUGGGCACGCCCAUGUUCAUCGUCAAGGCCUACCUUCCUGUCAACGAGUCAUUCGGUUUCACAGCUGACCUGCGCUCCAACACUGGUGGCCAGGCCUUCCCACAGUGUGUGUUUGACCACUGGCAGAUCCUCCAGGGGGACCCCCAGGACCCUACCACCAAGACUGCCAUUGUGGUGGCAGAGACCAGGAAACGCAAGGGACUCAAAGAGGGCAUCCCCGCCCUAGACAACUACCUGGACAAAUUGUAAAUGCUAAGUCUGAAUCCCAAAUGGACCCCUAGACACAACAACCCCCUCUAGGCACUACAAUUUAAGUUGUUGGCUAGGCAUAAGCAAUAUGGGGAAGAUUUCACCUAGCCUAUCAGAGGGUAAUGUGGAUCUGUAAGUAUAUUGCUUAUGGUAUACCUAUCUGACCCUUUCAGAUCUACAGUGCCUAAAGGAAUGGACUAGGGGUUGGUUUGGAAUUUAGUGGAUGUCUGACCAUUCCUCCCCCCAUUCCUUCUAUUCCUCCACUGUACGAGUGAGGGAUGGGACUGUACAGUGCGCAGUGGCGCUUGCCUAAAUGGAAACCUGGUGAAAAUAAACCAAGGAUACAAAUGUGUAAAUCAUAAUAAAAAUUAAUAGAAAUUGUA